CUCUGAGUCUAGGGUUUGUCCUUCCGCUAGCACUCCCAAUGUACCCUGUGGCAUUGCUAGCAUUAGUCAGUUGCCGAGCUUGACGAGCUUGACGAGCUGCCAUACCCCACAUCACGACCUCUGCCACUGCCAGGAAGCCGGCUGGGUCCACUCCGCUCGUGCUCUGCGCUGGGCAUCCAGACCAUCAACACCAGCCCGGAGCUAGCGGCGGUGGCGCUUGCUGGGAGGAUGCCCAGCGCGCACCGUGUGGCCUUGGUGUUGGUGGAUGGGAUUGGCGAUCUGGCUCUGCCAUCGCUGGGGUUCAGGACCCCACUGGAGGCUGCUCGCCUGCCCAACCUGGACGCACUGGCAGCCGCUGGUGUGAAUGGGCUCAUGGACCCGGUGGAGCCGGGGCUGGCCUGCGGCAGCGACACCGCGCACCUCUCCCUGCUGGGCUACAACCCGCGCGUCUACUACCGAGGCCGCGGCGCGUUUGAGUCCAUGGGGGCGGGCCUGCCCAUGGCGCCGGGGGACAUCGCGUUCAAAAGCAACUUCGCAACGGUGGACGAGGAGAGCGGCAUUGUGACGUCGCGGCGCGCGGACCGCCACUUUGAGGCGCUGGGCCCCGUGCUGUGCGCUGCGCUGGACGGGUGCCGCCUGCACGCCUUCCCCGACUACCAGGUCAACGUGCGCUACGCCACGGAGCACCGCUGCGGCGUGGUCGUGCGGGGGCCCGGCCUGAGCGGCAACAUCUCCGGGACGGACCCUCUCAAGGACAACCUGCCGCUGCGCACAGUGGAGGGGCUGGACGGCACACCCGAAGCCGAGCACACCGCACGGGUUGUGAAUGCGGUGUCGGAUGCAUUUCGCGCCAUCCUGCGGGGGCACCCGAUCAACGCGCAGCGCGUUGCGGAGGGCAAGAACCCGGCCAACGUGGUCCUGCUGCGCGGGUGCGGCAUCAGGAUACAGGUGCCGUCGCUGGCGGCGCAGGCGGGCGUAGUGCCGUGCAUGGUGGCGCCCACCAAGAUCAUCGCGGGGCUGGGCCUCUCCCUCGGCAUGGACAUCCUCGAGGCGCCAGGUGCGACGGGCGACUACCGCACGCAGCUGACUUCCAAGGCCGCCGCCAUUGCCGCUGCGCUUGCGGCGCCUGCCGCGCCGCUGCCGCGGGUGCAGGUGCCCGGAGUGGAGGGCAGCCAGCCGUCCGGCCAGGCCGCCGGCUACGACUUCGGCUUCCUGCACAUCAAGGCGGUGGACGACGCGGGCCACGACCGCGCGGGCGGGCUCAAGGUGGCGCUGCUGGAGGCCGUGGACGCCAUGGUGGGCCAGCUGGCGGCGCGCCUGUGGGCCGCGCAGGCGGCGGGCGGGCCGCGCUACACGCUGCUCGUGACCGGGGACCACAGCACGCCCGUCGACUACGGCGACCACAGCCAUGAGCCGGUGCCGCUCACAGCGUGCGCGCUCGCGGACUUCGUUGCGCGCAGGGGCGAAGCACGGGUGGUGUCAGUGGACAUGGCGCCGUUUCCCCUGCCGCGCGCCGCCACUGUCGAGCAGACCACGUCGGCCCCAGCCAGCGUGGAGCAAGAGGCGGACGUGGGCGACGGCCCGCCGAGCGGAGACGCAGUCAGGACCUUCAGCGAAGUUGCCGCUGCACGGGGUUCGCUGGGCAGAUUUCCUGGCAGCUGCCUGAUGACGCUUGUGAAACAGUGCAUCGGCGAAACCAACUAAAGAUUGUGAUUCUGUCUUCGUCAUAUAAGCAGGCGCAUAGUCCUUGAGUCUGUACUCUAUAAUGCCUCUCCUCGCGCGGUUUGCUGCGUUGGCAAUUGUCGCGUUCACUGGAGGCUCCAUUUGCAUCAUUUCCGGUA